AUGUACAAACGAAAGACGUUGUACAGCGACGUUGUUAUCAUCGGAGCAGGCUUGUCGGGAAUCGACAUGGCAUGCCAGCUCCAACGGCAACUAUAUGUUAAUGACUAUGUGAUUUACGACCGCGCUCGAGAAUUGGGUGGAGCGUGGGCAGCCAAUAAUUAUCCAGGAUGCAGUGUUGAUAUACCUGGCGCUUUAUAUUCGCUGUCAUGGUUCCCGAAUCCAGACUUCACCAGCCUAUUUCCUUCCCAGCCGGAAAUCUUAUCCUAUAUCCAAUGUGUCGCUCGCGCUUACCAUGUCACUGAACAUGUGAGACCUCGGACCGAAUGGAAAGGUGCCCAGUGGGUAGAAGCUUCAAGUCGAUGGCAUGUCUAUCUUCGCGAUUUGAAGACAGGUGAAGAAUUCAUUCACGAAGCCAAAGUGCUGAUCUCUGCUGUCGGGGGCUAUACAAAUCCCAAGUUCCCCGUUCUCCCUGGCUUGGAGCGGUUCAAGGGUCCCGUCGUGCAUACUGCCCAAUGGGACAAGGAGUACGACCUCCGAGGCCUCAACGUGGCCGUGGUGGGUAAUGGAUGCUCCGGCUCACAGCUAGUUCCUGCUGUGAUCGACCAAGUCAACAGCCUGACACAGUUUAUUCGGAGCCCACAACAUUACGUGCCGAUUCCCAUGGGCAAUUACCGAUUUGGAAAGGCAUUGCGCUUUUGUUUCUCCUACAUUCCACUUACCUUGCUUCUUAUCCGAUGGGGGAUCUUUUGGAUCCUUGAGACAACACUUGGGCAAUUUUACAACAACCCCAAAGGGAACAAAUUGAGGGAGAAGAGAGCAUCUGAUAGUCAGAGCUAUCUUAUGGAGAACGCUCCUGAGAAAUACUGGCCAUUGCUCACCCCAAGCUAUGAACUUGGAUGCAGACGAAGGAUAUUGGAUAACAACUACAUCUGGACGCUUCGCAACCCUAGAAUGAAGCUGGUCAAGGACUCAAUUGCACAAGUCGGCUCGAAAAGUGUGAUGACGGGUUCGGGCGAGGAGUAUCCGGUUGAUUUUAUCAUUUUGGCGACGGGAUUCAAGUUCACGCAAUGGAAGGCCGAAUCUGUGAUAGGCAGGCAGGGCAAAUCGUUGAAUCAGCACUGGGACGAUCAAGGUGGCAUCGGUGCUUACAAGUCCGUGGCAAUGAACAACUUCCCCAAUAUGUUCUAUUUACUUGGCCCAAAUUCUGGCAGUGGACACACAUCUGUUCUUUUUGCGAUCGAGUGCUCGGUCAAUCUGGUGAUUAGGAUUGCACGUCCUAUACUUCAGCGACAGGCAUCAGUUGUCGAGGUGAGCAAAGGGGCUGAGGUCGAGUGGUGUGACACGAUGCAGACUGCUCUCAGCAAAACGGUGUUGACGCGUACCUGUUCCAAUGUAAGCUCCACUGCGGAACCACCGACUCGAUCUUGGGCUAUCUGCUAA